AUGGCUUCUGCUUCUACUCCACAAUGGAAGUAUGAUGUGUUCCUUAGUUUUAGAGGUAAAGACACCCGCGAUGGUUUUACCAGUCAUCUCUAUGAUGCUUUGCUUCGAAAUCAAAUUGUAACCUUCAUUGAUUAUGAACUUGGUGGAGGAGAAAGUAUCGAGCCAGGUCUCUUGGAAAAGAUCGAACAAUCGAAUAUUUCAGUAGUCAUUUUCUCCAAAAAUUAUGCAGAUUCUCCUUUCUGUUUGGCGGAACUCUCGAAGAUUCUGGAGUGGAAGGAGACGAAAGGCCAGAUUGUUAUACCAAUUUUUUACCAAGUCGAUCCAACCGACGUUCAAGAGCUGCGUGGGAGCUUCGGGGACGCACUUCGCAUUCAUGAACAAAACUGCAGUUCAGAUCUAAUAUCAGCAGAACAAAGAGAAAGCAGAUUAGAAGAGGUACGCAGUUGGAGACGAGCUUUGACGGAAAUAGCCAAGCUAAAGGGCUGGGAUUCAAACGUCACCAAGUAA